ACAAUACUGGUUAAUGGCGUACGUGAAGUUGGGUUCAAAAUCUGAAGUGUUUCAUCUCGAUGGCCGAACCUGGUUGUGUUCGACAGGACUCCAAUCAGAUGUCGUGAUCGAAGUUGGGGAAAUGACCUUUCAUCUUCACAAGUUUCCAUUGCUAUCAAGAAGCGGGUUUCUAGAAAAUCUUCUAGGAGAUAUAUCCGGAGAAUAUGACAAGAACUGUUAUGUUCAACUCCAUGAGAUACCCGGUGGAGCCACGACUUUCUUGCUCGUGGCCAAGUUCUGCUACGGCGUAAGGAUCACAGUCACGGCCUCCAACAUUGUCAGUCUCAGAUGCGCUACAGAGUACCUGGAAAUGAGCGAAGACUACGGAGGAGGAAACCUCGUAUCUCAAACCGAGAAUUUCCUCAACAAAAUCUUCGCGAAUUGGAACGAUUCCAUCAAGGCCUUGGAGACUUGCGGGCAAGUGUUCAACCACGCGGAAGAACUUCAUAUCGUCUCUAGAUGCAUCUCUUCUCUAGCCUCGAAAGCUUGUUCUGACCAGAGUUCGUUCGGCUGGCCGAUGUCAGGACCGAAAGGAACUGUAUUCUGGAACGGUAUACGAACUACGGCCGUGAAAGAAGACUGGUGGUUCGACGAUGCGUCCUCCCUCAAGUUCCGGUUGUACAAAAGGUUCAUCGAGGCGGUCAAAUCUCGAGGGAUGAAGUCGGACAGAGUGGCAGGGUCGAUAAUGCACUAUGCAAAACGACAUUUGCCUCUACUCGGUAGUAAUCGUCAAUUCGGCUCAGAUAACGGAACUUUUUUUUAUUCGUCUCCGCUACACGAAGACCAGAGAACUCUCCUCGAGGAAGUAGCGGAAAUUCUCCCGGAUCAAAAGGGUGUAACGCCGACCAAGUUCCUGUUGGGGGUUUUUUCGUUACUUCGAUCGUUUAUCACGGAUCAUGUUUCGAGCGCUUGUCAAGAAAACCUGGAGAGAAAGAUCGGAUCCCAGCUAGACGAAGCUGCGCUCGAAGAUCUUCUGAUACCGAACAUGGGGUACUCGACCGAAACCCUAUACGACACAGACUGUGUCCAGAUGAUUCUUGAUCAUUUCAUGAUGGUGGACCAUGAUAUUUCUGAUUACAUUGUCGAAGAGAGCCAAAUAAUGGGCGGUACCCAUCCUCUUAUGCCGCUCACGAUGGUUGCUAAUCUCAUUGACGGGUACUUAGCCGAGGUGGCGUCUGAUGUAAACCUGAAGAUCUCCAAAUUCCAAGCAUUGGGUGCUAUUAUACCUGAAUAUGCCAGGCCGUUAGACGACGGAAUCUACCGUGCCAUUGAUAUAUAUCUCAAGGCUCAUCCAUGGAUGACAGAUUCUGAGAGAGAGCGGCUAUGUCAGAUCAUGAACUGUCAGAAACUGUCGCUAGAAGCUUGCACACACGCGGCACAGAACGAGCGUCUGCCCCUUAGAGUCAUCGUGCAGGUCCUCUUCUUCGAACAGCUUCAGCUCCGGACAUCGGUCGCAGACUGGUACUUUGUCUCCGACAACAUUAACGGCGACCCGCAAAACCCUAACGCCGUCAAUGUAGGCGUUAACAACGUGAGAGAGCGUGUGUAUGAGUUGGAGAAGGAAUGUCUAAACAUGAAGCAAGAUCUUGAGAAGCUUGUGAGGACAAGGAUUGGUUGGAAGAUCUUCUCCAAGAAGUUCGGAUUCAGGUCUAAGACAAAGACUUUGCCUUGCGACGGUGAUAAUGAAGAGGCACUAAUCCAUGGCGAAACCAAUGAUUAAAGACUGUUAAACACGUGAUUAGGCUGUGAUUAGAUUGAGAAAUCUGUUUCAUUUUUUC